AUGUCGCGUGCGACAAAAAUCGCAGAUCCCUCGCUUCACGCGGCGGAUCAUGCCACCCAUGCUGACGGGGGGCGCGAAUCCCUUAUCGUUCAAAAGUCUGUGGACGAGCUGCUGCGAGCCGCGCAUGCGUCAGGCCACUUGAACAUGAGUACAAGAAUUCCAGCUCUCAAAGCGUGUCCUGAAGAGCUAUUUGACCUGCUUGCUGACGACGUGCCGCCUUGGUGGUCGCACGACGGGCUAUCGCCCGAUGCAUCAUCGACCGCGGCAUGGUCUAAGCGAACGCCACUUCGCGCAUUGGUACUCACAAAAAACAAUCUUGCUGCACUGGAUGAGCGCAUUGCGCGCUUUGAUGCGCUACAUCGUCUAGACGUGCGCGAAAAUCGACUUUCUACGCUCCCAUCUACUUUUGACCAGCUAGUGCAUCUUACGACCUUACACUUAUCCCAGAAUGCGUUUACCAAAAUCCCCACAUGCAUUUUGGCACUUCCAGCUCUCACCACACUUGAUCUGAGCCAUAAUCAGCUCGAGACGCUGUGGACACCGGACGACGUGGGAACACGUGGCGUCUCGCCUCCUAACAUCCUGCCGUCUCUCUCGACGCUCGAUCUUAGUUAUAAUCGCCUGAAGACGUCUGCACUCGUUCCCAUGCCUACAUCGCUUGAACAUUUGAGCCUGAAACAUAAUGAUCUGCAACAUCCCAUUCCAAUGGACGUAUUGUAUCCUGCCAAGCGACUCCAAGAGCUCGUAUUGGCUGAAAACGAGCUUUCAGACGUUGUUUUUGCAUUGAACGGCACAUCUUUUGCCUUACCGCACCUACGCGUGCUUGAUGUACGUGCGACGCAGGUUGCAUCGCUCGCGCACCUUGAGUCGCACUUUGCCUCUGCACCAUCAUUGAGCUUAAGUGAGGCCAAAGACAAAACACGCUCGCCUGUCCACGCACCGGCGCAUGAGUCGCCUGCAUGCACGCCACAUCAGCUUGUGCGUGUAUCAAAUAUACCUGCACAGGACAAGCACGAAGUGCUGUCGGUUGCGACACAGCAUAAGACCAUUCUGUCAGUGCUGUAUGUACUAUCCGAUGUACAAGUGCGAUCUGAAUCACACCGCCGUCGACGCGGUGGGAGGGGCAGAGGCGGUGAAGACCGCGCACGGAUACGAGAGGAGCGCGAUGAAGACGGUCAUUCGGUGACGCCGAAUGCAGGCAGCGCAUUGGCGAACGCCAAGCUGUCCACGAAAAAAAAGGAAGCCUUGGGACAAGUGCCAUGCAAAUUCUUUCGAAAUAAUGGAUGCUCCGCGGGCGAUGCUUGUCCUUUUGCUCAUACGCUGCCCGGCGAAGGGCAGCCAAAAGCCGUGUGUCAAUGGUACAUCAAAGGCAGCUGUCGUUUUGGCCAUCGAUGUGCUUUGGCCCACAUCUUGCCUGGUCAACCUAUGAGUAUGGACCGCAAAAACAAGCGGCUGGCACAGCAGGGGUCUUCUCAGGCUGCAGCAAAGCAAGCGGAAGAACAGCAGCAGCGCCGUGCCUCUGAAAAAAGCGAGAAUCCUAAACUCGCAUCGCCCUCGCCAAAUGGAGCGGGCGCAACAGCCAUGUUUAUUCCCAGUCGCACUUCUAACAUGAGCGAAGAGCUCGCUGUAUCUGUGUCUGCCACUACUGCUGACACUGAGCUGGCACAGUCUGGCUGGAGUCACGAUAUUACACGUCCUCAUACGUACGACGCAACCAGCACUUCGGCCUUCGGCACAAGUCCCUUCAAUCACCCCGGCUCUCAUGGCCUCUUUUUCAAUUCCCAGCCAGAGGCCCGCGGCUCACAACCAACAUCACCCUGGUCAUCGCGCAAAAACGAAGAUCCGCUUGCCGAGUCCGCACAUGCCGAAGACUUUUUGCCAUCAAGUCUAAGUGAUCUACUCACUCCCACUGAACUGGAGCGCCGCAUGCGCAGUACGCGUGACGCCUCUUCGACGUCCUCGAGUAUGCAGCCGACAUCGUUCAUGCAAGAAAUGAUAUCACAGAGCAUGCCGGCAACCUCUCAUCGCCUCGGCAGCUUUGAUGUAUCUCCACCUACACCACUGGGCCAGGCGCCAAAGUUUGGUGGCAGUAGCUUCUCUUUCAUGAGUGGCAGUGUGCAGCCCACUCGGCGGCCAGGGAACCACAGCGUGCAUGCAUCGCCAUUCAUGCCGCCUAUAUUCGACAACUUGCUCGGGUCGCCACCUAGUCUCAGUCCACCUGGCACCCUGUCGUCGUCGCUGGGCGGAGAAAGGGCUCCCAUGCCCAUGUCUACACCCUCUCACAAAGGUCUCUCGGAUGAUGCACGCCGUCGGACCAGCACCUCUUCAUUGUUCCAUGGACGUGGUACCAUACCUAUCUCUCCAGCCAUUGUGCCUGUAUCUGAAGAAGAUGCGGACGAUACGAUCUUUGAGCUGGAGUAA